GCUCCGAGAAAGUUUUACACAAAGCACAGAGGUGCCUGCAAAUUUGGAAAUCCAAGUCUUGCUCUUCUCUUCUGCACCAUGAACUUUACUGCCAAUGAUCACCGAAUACCUUUGAAUGAUGGAAAUAGCAUUCCCAUCAUUGGGCUUGGUACCUUUGCUGAAAAAGAAAUUAGAGACCUAUGCAUACCAUCUGUGAAGAUUGCCAUUGAUAUUGGGUACCGCCAUUUUGAUUGUGCUCUCCUUUACAAUAAUGAACAUGAAGUGGGAAAAGCAAUCCAAGAGAAAAUUGCUGAAGGAAAAGUGAAACGAGAAGACAUCUUCUUCUGUGGCAAAUUGUGGUCUACUUUCUUUAGCCCAGAACUGGUGCGACCAACUCUGGAGAAGACACUCAACAAUCUCCAGAUAGAUAAUAUUGAUCUUUACAUCAUCGAGAUACCAAUGGCUUUCAAGCCAGGAAAUACCUUUUAUCCUCGGGAUGAAAAUGGUAAAUGGUUGUUCCAUGACGUAAACCUGUGUGACACCUGGGAGGCUCUGGAAGCAUGCAAAGAUGCUGGCUUAGUGAAGUCCCUUGGAGUGUCUAAUUUCAACCGCAAACAGCUGGAGCUCAUCCUGAAUAAACCAGGACUCAAAUAUAAGCCAGUCUGCAACCAGGUUGAGUGUCAUCCAUACUUCACCCAGACAAAGCUCUUGAAAUUUUGUCAAAGUCAUGACAUUGUCAUUGUGGCAUAUAGCCCUUUAGGGACCAAUAGAGACCCAACAUGGGUGAACUUAGAGUGUCCUCCCUUGCUGGAAGACCCUUUGCUAAUCUCCUUGGGUAAAAAAUACCAUAAGUCACCAGCACAAAUCUGUCUGCGUUUCAACAUACAACGAGGCAUAGUUGUCAUUCCCAGAAGUUUUAAUGCGGAAAGGAUAAAAGAAAACUUCCAGGUCUUUGACUUCUCACUCACUGAUGAAGAAAUGAAGAACAUUAAAGCCUUGAAUAAAAAUAUUCGCUUUGUGUCGUUGCCCAUGUGGAAGGAUCAUCCUGAAUAUCCUUUUCAUGAGGAAUACUGACAUCUGAAAACACCUAUACUGAUUUUUACUCUUGGAUGUGCCAAAAACUUGAACCAGAAGAUUCCUUCCAGUCCAAAUGGAAAAGGACAAUAGAGCUAUACUUCUCUUUCACAUAUUCUAACUGAUUGUUUAUUGUUAAUGUAGGACUAAUGUUUUUUGAAUCUGUCAAAAUCAUAAAGCAACAAAUGAUUAAUACACUAGUAUAACCUCCUGGUGGGUUUGACUGUACCCUGAAGGACACCCCUGUGAUUCUAUGUACAGGCUGGGAGGCCUGACUCCUGAGUGGGUUAGAAACAAGAGACAGAGAAGAAACGGGGAGACGAGAUGGAGAGACAGAGAGAAGGGGGAAAAAGAGAGAAUAGGAGAAGGCAAGGCACAAACUUUGAGUGGAGAAUGGGAGAGCUUCUAAAAUGGAUAGAAAAGCCAGCACCACCACAUGUGUCUUGAUUCUCAGCUCUUAUAUCCCCAAAGAACGGAGAAGACUUGCUGAGUGAGGUUCUUUUUCUCCCCAGUUGAGCUGAAAAAUCAUCUUACCUCCAGAUCACAGAAAUCCCAACUCUUAAGUGUCCUAUCAACUCAACAAAUCUGUACGGCUUCCCUGAUUACUGUCUUACUAGCUUACUUUGAUAAAUAUGUUUGCUUAGUAUCGAUGACAAUCUCUUUUGUAAUAAGUAUAUGCUGGGGAGAGGAAAGCUAAACCAGUCAAGCUUAAACUGUUACCUUCUAGGUAGGUAAUUUCCUAGGUAAGGCAGAGCUACUCUCUCCUUAGAGUAGCCAGGAAAAGUAAUUUCAUCCAGAACCUCUCCUCCUUCAAAACAAAGAAACAAACAAACAAAACAUACCCUUAGACUUCAAAUGUCUGAUGUGUAAAUGAGAGAUAUAAUUCUAAGCCCCAAACCCUGCUGAAGAUGGGAGAGCCAGGGAUACCUGCCCAGACAUGGCUUUCCUACCCAUUACAAAGAUAGAAAUCCAGCCUUCCUGAGAAACCUUCCCAUCCCAGUCUGUUUGUACCUGCCCCUCCCUCCACCUCUAGUUCAAUUGUUAUGCUAGUAUACUCUGAGUCCCAGGUGUCAAAGCCCUAACGGUGUAUACAUUUCAUUAGAAUUUAGGUACUAGCAAAACUGAUCUAAGGAUCAACCUUCAAAAGAGGAUACCUAGUGACAAAGGACACUCUAAUCAAAAUACUACUAUAACAGAGAGAUAUGUGAGGCCCCUUUCCCCUCCAUUAUUGUGAAAUAGCAAACAUCCAAAACUAAUAUUCAGAAUUUCAGCACAAAACAAUAAUUAAGAGGGCAGGUUUUAGAUUGAAGAGGAAAGUAAAAAAUUCGAAAGGAGAAUUUGGGUUUGUAUCGAAAGGCAAGGAUAGAUUCAAAGCAUUGGAUGUACUAGAUUCACAUUCCAGAAAAAGAGUGUGCGGGAGAGGGGCAGGCGAUAUACUGUGCAAUGUGAAAUCUCUCCAAGAAGGAAAGAAUAAACCCUAGUCUAUGACAAUCAAAUGAAAUAAACUAGCUGCAUCCAGCCUGGACUAGGGUCUGUCAUUAAUUCACUAGCUGCCUGCUUGGGGUGGAGAUCAAUGGGGGAACGGGAAGAGCUAUACAGGGAAAAUGCUGUAUCAUAGUCAAUUGCUUAGUAAUAAUGCUUAGUUAUGGAACAGGUACAUUCCUGAGAUGUUUGUUAGAAAGAGGAUUUCAUUAUAUUGACCCUUUUGUUCCCUUUGACUCAAUUACGAAUUUGGAAAUACCUUAGCCUAGUGGAUAGAGGGCCAAGCGUAGUCAGAAAAACCUAGAUUCAAGACCUGCUUCUGAUUUGUCCUGGCUGUGUGACCCUGCAAAGUCACAGACUCUCAGGCACUGAGACAUCCCUUAAUUGCAAAGCAAGGACAAGCAAUACUUAACAGGCUGUACGUUUCAGAGAAGGCAUUAACUGAACUAGAAAUAGGUGUUUUCUCACCCCAGAGUUCCAUUGACCAAUGAAGUCAUGCUUGGCCUUGGUGGCAGCCUGAAAAACCUCUAGUACAAGGAACUUAGCUAUUCUUGAGGGUAAGGCUGCUUCUAUUCUAGAUAAACUUCUCCUCCUUCCUGCUCUCCUCAACCUUCCCCUUCUCUUGAACCCCCCAUAUCUAGAAUCUUCCUUCCUGGAAAUUUCCAGAUUCUUAACUAUAUGACAUUCCCUAUUUUGUGAAUGUGAUGUGAAACCAAGGGUGUGCUGGUAAAGCCAGCUCAAAGCAGCUCCAGAGAACCAAUGGUUAAAUUUUCAGUGUGAGCAUUUAUACCUGGGAAAUCAGCAAACACCACAAAUCAGUGCUUCUUUGUUGUUUUGUUGAUGGUCUAGACUAAAGAAUGUGAUGGACAAAAUGUCAAUAAAGCAUAUUAAACUUAAAA